UGGAAAGAGAAGUAUGAACGGGAGAAUGUGAGGCGAUUGGAUAUGGAGCAUGAGUUCGGGAAGAACGAGAAAAUAGCGAACGCAUUACAACAGAAACUGGACGCGUUAUUAGCUGAAAGGGAACGGGAGAAGGGCCUAGUGGAAAAGUUAGUUGAUUUUUUUGGUUUGGCUUAG